AAAAAAAGAGUUUAUAACCAUUAUGCAAACUGCGCAUGAGCCCUUUGUUUUUGUCCCUCGUCACUUCCCGUCGUUGUUUUUGCGAUAGCUGCGGACGUGCGAGUCGACAGCAGGUUGAAAGUUAGAAGAAGACAAAGAGGAGCCACCAUGUCCAGCAGUGUGCUGUGUGGUCGAGGCAGGUUGGUUCUGUCUCAGACCGCUGCCUAUCAAGUGUUCACUGCCACCCGUGUCGGCAGAACCAGAACGUUCUCCGCUGCAAGCUCAGAUGAGCCUUACGUCGCUGCAUCACCCGCAGACUCAGGCCCCAGGACAGUGUGGCCUGAUGAGAACAUGGGACCAUUCGGACCUCAGGACCAGCGCUUUCAGUUACCGGGUAACGUCGGAUUUGACUGCCACCUGGAGGGCAUGGAGGACCAAAAGAAGACUCCAGUCCACAGGACAGUCCCUGACGUACUGACGGCCCCAUGCAGCGCAGAGAGACAGCAGUUCAUAUUGGCCCAGUUUGUUAAUGAGUUCCACGGAAAACUAGGUCCUAUAUCCACGAGAGUCCACAAAGCGGAGCAGUACUUUAAUCAGACGGCCACAGACUGCUCUGUGUCUUCCUGCCCUGAGCUGUUAAAGAAAGAUCUUGAGCUGCUGUUCCCCUCGGCGCCAAACACUUCCAUCACAGUUGUGACGGUCACACAGAGGAGCAGUCGGUUUGAGGAGGCAGCCGAGCAGGACAGAGACCAGCUGCUUCACAGAUUUGUGAACGGUGCGAAGGAAAUGUGCUUCUCUCUGUGGACUGCAGGCUACUGGGCGGACUUCAUUGACCCAACAACCGGAGCAGCUUUCUUUGCAUCUCCAUCGAGUCAAACUACAUUGAGAACAGAGGAGGAGCUGAGACAUUUGGGCUUCCACAUCGAAGCGUCGGGCUCCUGCACGGUUAUUCGCCACAUCCUGAAAGGAACGCCUUUGUUUGUGGGGACUGUUUUCACCAAUGCACCCACUGAAAGUGCAGCUGUCGCAAGACUCCAAGGACUUUCAAAUGUACUUGAUGAUGAGGAAUAGGUUUUUUUAUUUAAUUUUUUUUAAUAUUCCUCAGAACUGAAUCCAAACCCAAGGCCUCUAUUUAUGGUUUAAAGAAACUUGGGACUUGAUGUAUGGUAGUGUUGGUACAUGGUUGUGUCAGCGAAAGGUUGUGCGGAGUUUGUCUUACUGUAACAAGGACUUGACUCUAAGGUAGACCUGGAUGCUGCACCUGACGUGAACCCGGCUUAUCUUGCACUACAACCACGGUGAAACACACACACACACAGUGCAGCGGAAAGGGUUCUGACUAUAAAUAAAAGGCUUUUCAAAUGUGACAUGUGCUGUGUGCACUUUAGAGGAUAACAUCUGUAUUAUGACCCUGGAACCACGGACAUGAAAUGGAAGCUCCCUCAAAUGGUCCCAGGUAGCUAUGGGGAGAGAUCCCGAUUCCAACAACACCUAAAGAUUGUUGAAUGAUAAGUGAUCGAUAACUUGUACCGCAUUGUUUUUCAGUUGCACAGGUUGUAAAGAAAUGUUUCUGUUGAUGCACGAUAGUUGUGACAGUCCAAGGUGUUGGACGAAUAAAGUGAUUUCCAAUCAGGCUGCAAUAA